AUGCCCUUGUCGUCUCUCGCUGCGCCAGAGGUGGACCCGGCCCUCGUCAGCUCAAUUCUCGCCGUCGUCAAGCCCGUCUCGUCUCGCUUCGCCAUCGCCUCUACUUCCUCCUCGACAACUGCCCCCAGUGUCCAGUUCACGACGGUCACCAUUCUCGAGGUGAUCUACCUUGCGCCUGCCACGAGCGAGGCGUCGCCCACUGCGGCCAAGGGCUCGGUCGCAGCUCCCGACGCGAGCAACCUCGCCUCGAUCGCGACCGACUCGUACGACGGCCUCAGCUUCGUCCAGCUCGGCGCCGCCUUCUCGACCGUUUUCGUCGUCGUACUCGUCAUCUCCUGUUUCGCCGCCUUCUUUCUCCGCCAGGCGGGGCAGAUGCGCCGUCUCAUGGAGGUCACCGACGAGGAGGAGCUGAGCGAUGUCGGCCUGGGCGAUGGCGGGACGAGGGCGGCGCCAGACGUCGCCGAGGACGCUCCAGCGACGUCGCUCGAGAACAUGCCGACGCUCACGUCGAGCAGCACGGCCGACGAGGUGCAGACGAUCCCGGCGCAGAUGGGCGCAGGAAUGCGAGGGGCCCAAGCGUACCAGGAGCAGCAGUCGUUCACGUCGUCGCUCGAGAGCGCGCUCAAGAGCGUCGAGGCGACCCUGACGGCUGCUGCUCCGUGGGCGACGAGCACGACGGGCAUGCAGCCGUACAAGGACGAGGAGGACACGGUCGUCGUGCACAGCGACGGCGGCAUCACGUACGCCUGUCCAAACAAGGGCGACGAGUGGGUCGUCGAGGACCUCACCGACUCGCUCUCGGCGCACACGGCGACCGGCGCCGGCUGCUACAUGAGCUACUCGUUCAAGGGCGAGUCGUCCCUCUCGCCUCCUCUCUCCCUCUCUGUUCCUCUCUGA